AGCAGGUGGAGUGUUGAUGUGGUUCAUAGGGCAACAAACAGCAGCGUACGGCCGAGGACAUCAAUGGUGGAGUACGCGUCCAUUCAGGGAAAGGUCUGAGAGAGACCGUUAGUGGGGCUUACAUGGAGAGCUGAAAGUGAAUAUGAGGCUAACGUCCUUAAUGAUGUACAUAUCUGCGCUCCUCUUAGUGAUUUUCUAUGUAUAUAUUGGCUUUUCUCAAGCUGCACCUCGCAUCAGCCCCUACGAUGCGUCGCCUCUCCCCAGGAAGCCCGGCUCAGCCUCCGACACCUGGGAGACCUUCCACACCGACAUGCCUCGUCAUUUACCCGAAAGCAGGUUCGCUCUCGGGCCUGUGAACGGACUCACACCGCCGCCUGCCAUUGUUUCUUCUGGCCCGAUCACAACUACUGCUAGCCCUAUUUCUAAAACUGCAACCACCUUCCAGCCUCCAACGACGGACCCGACCACCACCACAAGUACUACUACCGCCCCUGAUACUGGGAUCAUCUCCGCCACAAAGGAGCAAACAUCGGCGGAGGUCUCCAGGAUUAGCGGCGCACGCAAAAGAUCCACCGAUGCACAGACAUCACUUUUUGCCCCGGAGAAAAUGCUGCAGACCAUGGUGUCCAUGGUGUCCCAGCGCACGGCCAACGAUGCCUGGACUGCAGAUCAUGUUGGCACGUCUGUUACCUCAAUAGAGAAUGGUCAAGAGGGCCAUUGUAACUGCAGCAGUGACAGCGAGGGGAUAUUGGAUGUGGACGACUGUGAUCAGCGCACCGGUCAGUGUUCUUGUCUGAUGGGUUACACCGGGCUGCAGUGUGAGGACUGUGAGGAGGGAUACUUCACCAACAGCACCAACAUCUGCCUGCCCUGUGCCUGCGACUCGUUUGGUGCAGUGAACCACCUCUGUGACAGCUCAGGGAUAUGUGUAUGCAAGACGGGAGUGUAUGGCCCCAGGUGUGAUGAAUGCCACCCAGGUUUCUUCCACUUCAGCAGCACCGGCUGCCGACCCUGCCAGUGUCACAACCACACCAACAACUGCGACCCACAGUCCGGAGUGUGUCUGAACUGUGAGGGCAACACCCAGGGAUCCAACUGUGAGGAGUGCAAGUCUGGUUUCUAUCGCAGCCCUGGAAGUGCCCCAAUCGAAGCCUGUGCACCAUGUCCCUGCUCCAACUCCACCUCCACCGGCACCUGUCACACCAAUCCCAGUGGCUCCCCAGCGUGUGACAAGUGCCUUCCCCGGUACAAAGGCCCACAGUGUGAUCAGUGCAGUGCCGGCUUCUACAAAGCAUCUGGGGUUUGUGUUCCAUGUGAAUGCAAUGGGAAUGCAGACCCUCAAGGUCCCACCGAGCUCUGUCAACCUGACACUGGCCACUGCCUCCGCUGCAACAACAAAACUACCGGGCCUCAGUGCCAGCUCUGUGCUCCAGGCUUCAUCGGUGACGCCAGAGCACAUAACUGCACCCGUCCAACACCACGGCUCAUUCCCAUACCAGCGAAUACAACCACAACAGAGGUCCCUACACCGAGUACAUCCUCCCCCUCCAUGCCCACUACCAGCACCACUUUGACAUCUGCCACAACAAGAGGCGUCCUAGUUGCCACGUCCAGCAGCAACAUGAGUACCACACUGAGUACAGCAGCCACCACCCAGGCCCUGUUGACCAGCCUGAGCAGCCCCACUGACAACACCACAGCAGCCCUGACGGAAGUCUCCUGGACGCAGUUCAACAUCAUCAUCCUGGCCGUAAUUAUUCUAGUGGUGUUGCUGCUGCUGGGCUUUGUGGGAGGCGUGUAUACCUACCGGGAGUAUCAGAACCGUAAGCUCAAUGCCCCCUUCUGGACCAUCGAACUGAAAGAGGACAACAUCAGCUUCAGCAGUUACCACGACAGCAUUCCCAAUGCUGACGUGUCAGGCCUGCUGGAGGACGAGGCCAAUGAGGUGGCACCCAACGGCCAGUUGGCACUCACUACGCAGGGCAACUGCUACAAGGCUUAGCGAUCCAUCCAUCCACAGACUGGGCACCUAGAUUUACAGAUGACACAAAGCUGCUGGAAAGUACCAAAUCCAAAGCUCCUUCAUGUAUAACCGCUUGUUGUUACACUGCUGGUCUGCGGCAGUUCACAACACUUGGAAAACUGACAGUGAGAUCAAGCAGAUGUGAUCAAAGAUAUGGAAAAAAGGCGUUUCCACUUGAAACAUUUUCCCUUUUUUUAUAUGAUUUUGUUUGGAAUCUGCGAUUGAAAAUGGGUCCAAAGAAAGUGUUUUGUUUGAGUUAUUCCUGCAGAGGGCGCUGUUGUGGAGAUGAUGUAAUGUAAUUGGCAUGCCGUUAAACAGGUGCACACACCUGUUUGCUGACGCAAUGAUCCUGACACUGGUUAGAGGACCUGCAGGAGUUUAGCAUUUCAGAUAUUUUUAAAAUGGACUUCUGACUGUUUAAGUUAUAACUCGAUCACUUGAACAGUGAUCUUAAACUGAGACAAUGAUUGUUAUUUAAUUCAUUUUUAUUUAUUGGUUGAUGUUUCAUUCUCGGGAGAAAUGCUGCACAUGUAUGAUGUGUUUAUUCAUGGUGUUUUAUCUUAUGUGCUGUUGAAUGGUAAUUUGAAUUGGCCAGUAUGUUUUCUUGUAUAGUUUGUGUUUUGGAGAGAGUCAUAAGGGAAGGUGAAAGCACAAGAAUUUUAAUAACCUCAUCUUUUGUUUAUAGCUUCCUGUUUCUUGUUAAAGCGUGCCAGCUCACCUACCUAAGAGGAGUGUUUCUUUUGAAAAGAAAUUUCAACUACUGUUUAUUAACUCUCACCACUUGACACUAUUCUGGGGCAGUGAAUCAUACUAGGCUUGCAUAAGCACCAUAAACUAUUUUGAUCUUAUCUGCUCUUUGCUGCCUACCUCAGCAGAAGUUGAACAAACUAUUUAAAAAAGGUUUCACGUUCUUGUAAAGGAUGGGCUCGGUAACUUAGAUGUUAUCAAAACAUAAACGGUUCGCUAGUAUUGAUACUGUCGUGGAGUGAAACCAGCCCACAUAUAAUUGAUGUGCUUCAAAGCUUCACACCUGAUCCUCAACACUGAUCCCAUGUUUUCUGUGUUGUUUAGGCUAUCAUUGGUUGGGUGCACUUCAUUUUACCACGGUGAAUGAGUAAAGCUAAUUAUGGAACUAACUCCUCAGGUACUGGCUCUUUCCCUAAUGUGAUCACUGUAAAUAUGAUUAUUGUACAGAUGAAUGUGAAUAGUAGCACUAUUAUUGUACAGGUAGAAUACUGUGUGUACACUGUCACUCAACAAGCUCCCAACUUUUCACUCUCCAGGGUGUGAUGUUGCAGUCAGCCCGCUGCUUUUUGUAUUUUUAUUUCUUAUUCUCAGUGGACUUUGCCAUAUACACAGCUGCAGGACUAAAAAUGCACCACCCAGAACUCAAAACAAAGAAUAAAAUGUAAAUAAUACCCCCAAAGUCAGAGCUCAACUCUCAAAUAAAAAUGGGUUUAACUGCU